AUGGGCAAUACGCUAUCCGCAUACGCCGAGAGUCCCCAUGAUAUUGACCUUGGCCCUCAGGGUAGAAUUAAAGGAAUCCAGUACGACAACAAAGCUCGAAGAUAUGCAGGUGUUCCUUAUGCUCAACCUCCAGUAUGUGCCAAUCGUUGGCGAAAACCCAUCCCAUUCCCUAGCACCCACAGCUAUACUCAAUCGGACGGAACUGCUUUCGACGCAACCUUCUUCCGCCCUGUAUGCCCACAGGCGACCUUCUCCCGUGGCGCAGAGAAGGAUGUCGGCCCCGAGACCUACAGUGAAGAUUGUCUUCUUUUAAACAUCUGGACCCCAGUCGAAGAGCCAGGGGAGACCAAGAAAUGGCCCGUCGUCCUCUGGCUUCAUGGAGGCUGGUUCCAGCUCGGUGACCCUCUCCAAGAACUCGGCAUGAAUCCCACCGAGCUAAUAUCGACCGGGAAGCUCAAUGCGAUCGUGGUUGGAAUUGGGUAUCGUCUUAAUGUUUUCGGAUUCCUGGCUGGUGAAGCUCUGCUAGAGGACAGCAAUGGAGAGAGUGCCGGCAAUUUCGGAUUGUGGGAUCAGCGUUUGGCGAUGGAAUGGGUGUAUAAGAAUAUCACCGCUUUCAAUGGUGAUGUGAACAAUAUCACUCUUGGUGGUCGCAGUGCUGGUGCGUACGCUACCCAUGCACAGGCAUUGUAUGAGUUCCGGUGCGAGGAGCAAAUAUUUCAGAGAUUAUACCUAUACUCGAACGCGAUACCGGCACAGCCAAAAGCUUUGAAGGAUGUGAAUCCUCAGUUUGAUGAGUUGUGUCAGUACUUCAAGGUUGAUCAUUCUCUAUCGGGUCCCGAAAAGGUCGACAAGCUGCGUAAAGUGAGCUACCGGGAUCUUGUGGACGCCUUGAAAGAACUCAAAAACCACACUUUUCGUCCGGUGACCGAUGAAUUGUUCAUUUUCGGUGGUUUCACGGAGUAUCAUCACAGUGGGAAAUUUGCUGAACAGUUUAAGAAGGGUCGGCUGCGGAUUCUCAUUGGCGAGGUCCUGAAUGAAGAAACGCUCUAUGCUACGUAUAACACCCCUGAGCCGAACCUCGAGUCCCUGCGACUGCAGGUAUCUAAUUACUAUGCUCCCGAGACCACGGAUCGGAUUCUACAAGAAUAUGAGCUACCAUCGAGCGAGGACCCAAAUGAGUGGAACACGCUUUUCGGGAAUAUCAUCUCGGAUGGCCAGGUCCGAGCCCCGUCUCGAUGGCUAAUCGAUUGUCUCGACAAACAUGGGGUUUCUCUAAGCGAUAUCUGGCACUAUCGAAUUGCCUAUCGGCUUUCUUUCAUCACGGACAAGGUGGCCCCUCGAUCCUUCGGUGUUGCCCACGCCAUGGAUAAGCCAUUUUGGAAUUUCUCCAUCCUGCAUGGUCCAACACCUGCCGAGAGGAAACUGAUGGAAGACUGGAUCGCGCUUUUUGUCGCAUUCGUCAAUGAUGACCAUACAUAUGAGUUCGGUACUAAUGCAAUAGAUGAAAUGAAGGUUGCAACACCGGAGGGCAGGAUUGAAAUUCAAAAGGAUGAGAGAUGGGAGAGUCUUGUGAAGCUUGGUGCGGUCUUCGCAGACGAUAAAUAG